AUGAGCGCCUCAAAUGAUCAUGUUGCCCAAAGGAAUGGCCGAACCAGACUGAAACGCGCCCCGGCCGGAAAGCCCACGCACCCGAACGAUCCUAUGCACUGCCCACUCUACUAUGAAACAACCGAAAGGUUAUACAAAAGCAGUGUUAGAAAUUUGAGCCAUCGAAAUAAGACGUCCAUGUUUGAUGCGGCUGGAGGUGAAAGCAAAGACUCGAACAGCGGCUCCGCCGACAAAUGGACGAAUAAAAAAAUGAUUGCUCCCCCCCCUGGAGAGAUCAAAAAAAUACUGCAGCAGGAGCCAUUUCAUAUGAUGAGCAAAAGAUCUGGAAGGAGGAUUCACCCGGAGGUUGCAAGUGGAAACAUCUUUUCCAAGCAGAGUGGCGAUGUGGACCAAAAAAAGAGCUCCAAGAAGACGAGCAGCUACAGCCUGAACAACAACCCCUACAGGUGGGGAGUCGACGUCCUUAGGUACCCCUUACCCACACCGAAGAGGAACUACAGACACGUAGACAAUUUAUCGACCUGCCUUGUGCCCAACAAAAGCGCCGACACGUUCGUCCCUAAGAAGAGCCCAACUCAUUACGUGACCCAAUUGGAGAAAUCGCUGUGCCCCAAGGAAAGCGCCUCCAUCCAGGGAUCCAGCCGAAAGAUGAUUCGUUCGCACGAGUCCAAGUUAGAGAUAAACUGCAUCCCAAAAAACCUCGGACGGAGCGAGACGAAACCCGCUUGCACUCUUCGUCGGGACAACUUAAACGCGGACCUCACCCCCAUAGCGCACAUCGAAAGGAGGCCCUUCCACAUAAACACCACCUGCAGGAACAAGCAGUCUUCCCUUUCCUUCAACAGUGCCAGAGAACCGUCUCCCUUUAGGUCAGGAAAACGAAUCGGAUACAUCACCACCAAGAGGGAGCAUUCAGUCUUUUUGUGUUGA